AUGACAUCGGCCAUUCGCCCGGUGAAAGGUACGGCGGUGGAGUUUCCAUGGAAGUUGCUUGUUGCAGCCGCACAGCCGUAUCAGACACUCUCGGGUCCAGCGCUUUCCGUGAACUUUCACCGGCAGCCAACCGUUAUGCCGUUUCAGCGCCUUCCUUUUCAUCACUGCGGUGUUUCGGGCCGUUACUAUCACUCGCUUCUGCACAGUCUUGCGGAGUUUGCGACAACGCCGAGACCCGUGCGGGACAGCCAUGUGAGGAUGCUGCAUGCCCCCAUGGAGGAUUUUUGGCACGCCGUGGGGUUUUUCAAUUGCACGUAUCUCACAACAUAUGCCCCAUUCACGCACGAGCAUCCGGCAAUGGGGGCGGUGGAGCUGGCACCAUCGUCGCACCGCAGCCAUAAAGAUCUUCGUUUUUCCUUGUACAGUGGCGAGCACCAGCCCAUAUCCACGAUGAUUCUUACGGGUUUGCCGAGUGGUGCGGUUGACGAAAAAGAAAAGGAUGUUAUUGCGCCUUUGCCACACAUUGAGCAGGACGAGGAGUCGUUGAGGGUUGUAAAUAUUGGGGAUGUGAAGCGUUUGGCCGAUGGAUCGAUCCUCCAACGGGCGAUCUUCACGAGAGGCAGCCAGCAGAGCAGAGAUGUGGUGCCGCCGUGGUGGGUGGACGUGUGCGUCGCUGAGUUUUGUCAAACACUGGCGUUGGCAAACCUGUUGGCACCACACGUUGCCGGUGAAGGGAGGAACUGCACAUGGACUAUCGCCGCCCAGCAGGCAUUAACUCAGGGCGAGCUUUUGACCGACGCACCUUUUGACAUUGUGAGUGCCGUUCCUCGUGUUUUUGCGGCGUAUCGUAUGCCUCCAUGGCGCCAUCGCAUCGGCCUGCCAUUGUUUAGCGCUGACCGACAACCACUGUGCGUUGCGCUGCGUGUGGAAUUGCGACAACAUGGAUGCACAUUGACGGCAGGGACGUACUUUCUUGUAGAGGUGGAGGGACACACGUGA